UUUCUGCGUUUCUGUAGCUACUCUUUUAUUACUAAACAGGCUACGUUCAAUGUCAGUCUUGUAACUCACCUAAAUGUCAUCUCCUGUCUUUGACUUGUGCAUGGUCUUGUCUUAAGGUAAUACUCAUUAGGGCACCUUCGAAAUGGAAACCAAAGAGACUUCAGAGCUCAUAUCCAAUGGUGUAUCAAAAGGAGGAGCCAGGAUUGUGCUGGAUGAUGAAGAUGAUGAAUUUCUUAAGCCGACCGACCUGUCCGAGAUGUUAGCCGAGGGAACCAAGGAGUCCCACGACAGAGCAGAGAACUGCGCAUUUGUGAAAGAUUUCCUCAGAGGCCGCAUCAAAAAGGAGCUCUUCAAGAGGGGCACAGCAGCUCUGUACUUUGUCUACUCAGCCAUGGAGGAAGAGAUCGAGAGGAAUAAGGACCAUCCCUUUAUUGCUCCAAUUUACUUUCCCACAGAGCUGCACCGGCGUGAGGCCCUGGCCCGCGACCUCGAGUAUUUCUAUGGUGAAGACUGGGAGAGCCAGGUCAGUCUCUCUGCAGGCACCAAGCCAUAUGUGGACCGCAUCCAUGAAGUGGGAGCACAGGACCCAGGUCUGCUGGUUGCCCACUCCUACACCCGCUACAUGGGUGACCUCUCAGGUGGACAGAUCCUGAAGAAAGUGGCCCAGAGGGCUUUAAAGCUCCCCUCCACAGGCGAGGGCCUGAACUUCUACCAGUUUGAAGGGAUCCACAGUCACAAAGGCUUCAAACAGCUUUACAGAAGCAGGAUGAACGAGCUGGAAAUGGAUGCUGACGCCAAACAGAGGACUGUGGAUGAGUCUAACCGGGCCUUUGGAUUCAACAUGAUGGUGUUCACAGAGCUUGAAGAGAUUGGAAAGACCAUCAAAGAUGAGGUCCAAGAGGCAGGUUUGGGACACAGUCAUGCAGAGAUCAUGGAGGGUGGUGAUAUUAACAAAUGUCCCUACUAUGCAGCAAAAAUGGCUGCCAGUGGGAAUCCCACCUAUGCUUGCCAGUUAGCCGUGAUGCUUCUCAAACAUCCGCCUUGCCAGGUAGCUCUGGCUGCCUGGGUUGCCAUCCUCGCUGGUUUCACCGCCUGGUACCUUUUUUAGCUCUGUGACUCUUAAUCUAUCAGCAGAGAAGCAUCCUACCAUAUGUAAUGUUUUCAUCAUGACUUUCUGAAAAAAGCUCAAAACAUUUUAAGGGCUGUUUUAUGCAAAACAGUGAAGGCAUUUCCUCAUCUAUACAUUGCCUUUCAUACCUCAGUUGACAUAUUUUGUUGCCUCAUUUCCUUAUUUAUUUUACCGUGGAGAAACUUUAUUCCAUCCAGGCCGCUAAGAAUAUCAAGACAGAUAAUCAAAAUAAUGAAAGUGCAACAUAAAAGUUGACAUAAAUCUCAGAAUACGCAGAGGAGGAAAAGGAAAUUUUUCACCAGAAAACUUUAAAUGCAUUAUUUUCUAUCAAGUACUUUUAACAGAACUUGAAUGCAAUCGUAUGACAAAAACACUGGUGUACAAUUGUGUCUACAUGUUGUGGACAAUUUUGAUAAGAUGCUAAAUAAAAAGGUCAAGAUAGUCAA